ACGACGGCGACAACGACAACGACAACGACAACGACAACGACGACGACAAUGACAAUGAUUAUGAUGCUAUUGCCGGAGAGCCUGGUGAAAACCAAGUCAUGCUAUAAGCAAUUGGUUUUGUUAAAAGUUGAUUUACUCUUCAGGAAAUCCUGUUAUCAAGCACAUUCAUCGAUCACUGGCAACAGUUUAGUCCUUACCUUUUCUUUUACAGUUCCCAUCAGGCUUGGAAAGGAGAACCCCAGGUUAAAAAUGAAUGCGGCGAAAAGGAUGCUAAGGCCCUAUUAUUGCUUCUUUGUCCUAACCAAGAAACAGAGAAGAAACCUGCGGAUUGGCUUUGCCACAACCUUAAUGGUAGUGGCAUGUUAUCGAAUAAUCAGUUUUAUUCAGUAUAAAGAAUCCCAUGGUGUUGGCGUCAUUAGUCCUAAUACGUUUCAGUCAGUAAACCAAACGAAGUUGAUAUUGGUGUACGCUCCGUGGCCUUUCGAGCCAUGGGGUCCGAAAAAUGCUGAAGAGGCACAAGGUUACAAAUUCACAGAUUGGGACGGUACUCCAUGCGAAGAAGACAGAUGUCAAAUCACUUUUGAUAAAAGUUUACGCAACUUUAGUGAUGCCGUGCUUGUACACAACGGAGGAACAUACAACCCGAAAUUCAAUAUCGAAGAAGCCAAGAGAAACCGGCCAUAUGCACAGAGAUGGGUCUUCUACUCAAAGGAAAGUCCUAGUGUGGCGGCCGUGGGAGCCCGCGCUGACGGCGUGUAUAACUGGACUGCAACAUAUCGGCGAGAUUCGGACUUUUUCGUCCCGUAUGGAGCUUACGUUCCCUUAGAACUCCAAACUAAACCAGCUGGCGAGGAUAUUACAGGUGAACAGGUUCCGUUAAAUAAGAGGACGAAAACAGCCGAAGAGUCUGCGGAACAAGCCGAAGAAAAUGUAAACUACGCAAAGGGAAAAGAUAAAAUGGCCACUUUCGGUGUCAGCAAUCACUGUAACCAAAAUGGAGUUAGAUUCUCAUUUGUCCGCGCACUCAUGAAACACAUAGAUAUAAGCCUCUAUGGAAAAUGUGCAGCUAUGUUUGAAUCGAAUAACACCUGGCAGUGUCCGCGCCGCAAUCAACAGAUCAGUAGUGAUUGUGCUGAAGAGCUUCAACGCCACAAGUUCUACCUCGCCUUCGAAAAUAGUUUGUGUGUAGAUUACAUAACGGAGAAGUAUUGGAGAAAUUCACUUGAGCGAGGAUUGGUCCCAGUGGUUCUUGGUGGCGCUCAGUACGGUCCCGAACUGGUAAUUCCUGGUUCUUUCAUCAACGCAGCCAACUUCAAUUCCGUUAACGAUCUUGCAGAUUACCUGAAGUAUCUGGAUAAGAACGAUACGGCUUAUAACCAGUAUUUUAAAUGGAAAACCAAAUACAAGGUUGUCAAGCACAAUUUUUGGUUAUGCCAAUUGUGCAAGGCCCUUCACGAUCCAACGAAACCGGCGAAAAUUUAUCACAAAAUAUCCGAGUUUAUGGGGAUUAAAGGAUCAUGUAAAAUUGACGAAGAGCGUAUCAGAGGAAUUAUUAGCAGGGGAUUGGUCCCCGUUGUCCUUGGAGGCGCACAGUACAGUCCCGAGCUGGUAAUUCCUGGUUCUUUCAUCAACGCAGCCGACUUUGAUUCCGUUAAAGAUCUCGCAGAUUAUCUGAAGUAUCUGGAUAAGAAUGACACGGCCUAUAACCAGUAUUUUAAAUGGAAAACCAAAUACAAGGUUGUCCAGUACGAAUUCUGGUUAUGCCAACUGUGUAAAGCCCUUCAUGAUCCAACGAAACCGCCCAAAAUUUAUCACAAAAUGUCUGAGUAUUGGGGAAGAUAUGGCGGAUCGUGCCAACUUAACGAAGAUCGAGUUUGGAACAUUAUCAAUAAAGGCUGAAAGACGGCACAUGAACUUGGAGCCGUUGUUACUUGGAGCCAGAAUAUGGAAUCACAGGGCGAACUCACGGAGGGACUCACGGACGGAUCGACGAAUAAACAGACGCAGUAAAUUCAAAUAAACAUUCGGGAUUUUCUAAUACUAUAUUAGAGAAGAAUUUGGGUUUUUAUAUAUUGAGCAUAUAUCGCAGUCUUGCAUACUUAGGCGGUGUUCACUCCCUGAUUUAGUACACGGAAGUUGUAUCUUCUCGUGGCUGCAGCUAUCGUCAUUGAAAAUAUUUACGAGCUAGUUUGGCGGAUGAUUCUCUCAAGUAACCAAACAAACAACAAAUAAAUAAUAAUAAUUAAAAAAAACAAUAACAAACGCGUUCCCUUUUACAACGAGGUUGCCGCAAGGAAUUUGACAUUCUGAAUAGUAUCCUUUUACAGCCCCAAAACGUUACAGGAUAUUUUUAAAAGCCCUCAUUAAUCUUUUCAUGUCGAAGAAGAAAGUAAGAUCGGGCUUCGCUUUGCUUUACAUUUAGACUUAACUUGCACGGGAGAUUUGACUUAACCAGCUUUUUUAUUUGAAUAGGCAGAUUUUAAUUUGGGAAAAAUGUUUCAGCAAAAAAGCGGCGCGAGCCCUGUGUAGGUGUUCCCCUCCUCCCCACAUAGAUCCACUAUGCACCGAAGGGUGAGUCGCUCAUCACUGUGACUGUGGAUGAAAUGGUGUCGACUGUGUUUUGCAAGUUUGAAGAAUGUUACACCAAAAAGGACUACAGCAUACCUGUUACCAUCAUUGCACAUCAGUCUUCCGUGACUAGCUCACGUGGUCUGGUGGUUGAAGUGGAGCUUCAAGAUUUGGUACAGCAUCGCAUUUUUUGCACUUCUUACACCAUGUUUCAUGCACCAUUCUUUCACAUCUAGACAUACAUCCCUAGCCACGACUAUCGAUCUUUCACUCUGUGGUCUUCUUAUGAUACAAAUGACUAGAUUUAUCGUGUAAGGAGUGGAUGGCGUUUUCACGCAUCGACUUUGGGAGAACUACUUGCCACUGCCAUAUAACGUUAUUUGCGGGCUUCCAUCUCCGAUAAACUACUCCAUCUCUCAGGCUACAACGAUCAUACUGAUCAUACAAUUUACACAGUUCACUUCCCUUGCCCAUCACAGUAGAUGUUUGGAGUUCCUUUCCAUGCUCAGUCGAAUUCCUCAGCUGUGAGAUGUUAGGGUCGAUCGCAUCAUCUUGGACGUUGUUAACUAUUUACAACGAUAAACGACUCAAGACAUCUGCAUGGUAUGCUUCGAACCGACACGAUGCACAAUGACGAGACGGUAAGUAGACAACUCAAUGGCUAUCUUGUCGCCUCUACGACCACUAGAAUCAUUCCUGGAUCAAUGUUUCUGUUGCCAGUCAAGGGGUUGUGGCCGGUCACCACUGUAACGUAAAUGUCGACCAGCCAAAAAGGAGCGAAAUGGCGUGUACUCCAAAUGAUUGCCCACUACUCCCUGUCAUAAGUCACCCAGUUUCGUUGAGAAGCACUUAGGGAUUUGCUUACAUAGGCAACUACAUGUUCUUUACUCCAUACACAUACUCCCUUGCAUGGUUGGAUGCAUCACAGUCAAGACUAAAAGAGUCAAUCGUGGGUACACUACAAAUGGAGCCGUUGUCAACCGUUGACGCAAUUGCUUGAAUGCUACCUCACAUUUCUGGGUCCACUGGAAUUUGGCUUUGGAUCCAGUUAGUCGUUACAGUUGCUCAGCAAUAGUGGCAAAGCUGAGACAGAACUAUUGAUAAUACGAAGCAAGACAGAAGAAACUAGGUAAUUUGCAUUGACAUAUGGCACUCGGUCGUUCAUUUCGACUAUCGUGUUACGGAUGAAAAAGUCAAGUAAAAAUCCCACGAUAACAAGAGCUAAGGUAAAAUACCUUCAGUAAUCCGUGGUAAAUCGACCCUCCCUUAAUCAAAUAUCA